CUAGCUACCCCUAGCACAAGUUUUCAGCUGUGAUCACGUAGUCAAGGGAAAAUAGUUGACGAAGGGAAGGAGCUAGCUAGAGCUAGCCACCGGCGCCAUGGAGCUGGGGCUUGCGCCGCCCAACCACGCGGUCUCGUCCGGGAAGAGGGGCGUGGCGGAGGCGUUCGGUGUCAACAAGCCCACGCUGCCACUCUUCGUGCGAGACGACGACGACGACGACGGUGACCACGGCAACGGCGAAGACGGCACUGGCGACCCUCGCGACUGGGAGAUGGGCAACAAGAGGAAGAGGCUGGUGGGGUGGCCGCCGGUGAAGAUCGGGCACCGCCCGCGCAGCAACGGCCACGUGAAGGUGAAGAUGGAAGGGGUGCCCAUCGGGAGGAAGGUGGACCUGUCCCGCCACGCCUCCUACCACCAGCUCCACCACACGCUCCGCCUCAUGUUCCCCUCCACUCACCAAGAUGAUCCAUGCACCGUCACCUACGAGGACGGCGACGGGGACUGGAUGCUCGUCGGAGACGUGCCGUGGGAGGAGUUUAGCAAGUUGGCCAAACGUCUCAGGAUACUCAUGUGACCGACUACACCUGCCACUGCUAGUUGAGUUUGGGCGUCAUGAUCUGCACCGGCGUCUGUGUCUAGUUAAUUAGCUUACUGAAUAAUGUUAGUACAAUGUUUUUCUUUUUGCGAGGGAAUGUUAGUACAAUGUUGUGGUCACGUCAACAAGUAUGGGACUUUCUGACUUUAUUUCUCUUGUC